GCACCACUUCUUCAAAGACCCUUAAAAAAGCACAAGGCCUACUCUGCUCCUCUGAAGGAAAGUAACAGAGACAACCAACUGUUUUUGUUGACCCAGAACUCGCCACCUUUGCCACAUCUUAAAAAGUGCUCAAAGCAGAGUGAUAUUAAGUCAUUCUUCAAGUCACCAAUACUUAAAAAUCACCCUGAGAAAGAAAAUGUUGCGGUGCGAUCUCUUUUUGAAAACAAAAUAUCGAGUGAAGGAAUCUGUUCUGAUGAUUCGUAUAAUGAAGAUGUAAAAGAAAACAUGUGUAUCUUUGAUGAAGAUUCUUAUUCAAAGCUUAGAUCAAAUCCUCCAAAUAAGGGAGAAAACUCUAUAAAUUCACCAAUUCAAGAGGUGAUUGAUGAAGAUUAUAUAGUUCGUGGUGAUGAAAAUGAAUAUGAAAGUCCAGAAAAUUUCCACAGAGUUUACAAGGAUGAGAAUUCCAGCCCAUCCAUAAAUACCAAAGAUAUUAUGUUGUCUUCACAACCUGAAGAAAAGGAAAGAUUUGACAAAAGAGAAAGUGAAUUGGACCAGGAACAGGAAUGCUCGAGACAUAAAGGAAAACGUUUCAAAAAGUGUAGCAAUCCAGGUAUUUCUUCAUUGGAAGAAGACAUAACUUCAAAAGGUUAUACCUGUAGAGUUUGUAGGGACACACAGUCAGAACAUUCUGUGUUAGAUUGUAGUUCUUACACUCCACAGUCUACACAGACAAUCCAAUCAUCUCAUCUCAUCAACUCUGAGGAAGCUGACCAAGAACUUGAGAACUUUUCUUUAUCUUUGAAUGUGCAAUAUUAAUUUUUUUCUUGUCUGCUUUUCCCCCAUUUACAUAAGAUUUUGCCUAUAGUAUCAGAAUAAUUGCA